AAGAAUGCAAAUGAAAAAAAUACAGGGAACUCGAGUUGUAAAAUGUCCUUGAAAUUUCGCCGUGCAGCCGCACUCCUUGGGUUGAAGGAGGUCGGCGACGAUGAGGAAUGGACGCUGUUAUGGACCGACUGUUCUGUGACAGUGGAAAAAGCCAUUGAAUUAAAGAGCUACCAGAAAAUCAAUCGCUUUCCUGGGAUGAACGAAAUCUGUCGGAAGGAUUUGCUGGCCAGGAACUUAAAUCAAAUGCUAAGGCAGUACCCAGAAGAUUACAACAUCUUCCCUAAAACCUGGUGUCUGCCAUCCGAAUACCCUGAUUUUGUGGAUUACUGUAGAGGCAAGAAACCCAAGAUCUUCAUCUGCAAGCCAAAUUCUAAAUGUCAGGGGCGAGGCAUCUUUUUGACUCGGAAGAUCAGAGACGUUAAGCCCAGGGAGGACAUGAUCUGCCAAGUCUACAUUCCAAAGCCCUUCAUUCUGGAUGGUUACAAGUUUGACCUCAGGCUCUACGUCUUGAUUACUUCCUGUGACCCUCUACGCGUCUACCUCUACAAUGAGGGCCUGAUUCGCUUUGCUACCACCAAGUACACUGAACCCACGGAAAAGAAUUUAGAUGACAUCUGCAUGCACCUCACCAACUACGCCAUCAACAAGAACAAGGAGAACUUCGUCCAGGAUGAAAACAGAGGCAGUAAAAGAAAGCUGUCUUCCUUUAACCGGUACAUGGAGAGCAACGCCUAUGACCUGGAGAGGCUGUGGAGCAGUAUUGAAGACGUGGUCAUCAAAACCAUCCUGUCCGCGUACCCGGCCCUGAAGCACAACUACAUCACCUGCUUCCCGAAGCACGUGUCCGGGAGCGCCUGCUUUCAGAUCCUCGGCUUUGACGUCCUGCUGGAUCACGCCUUGAAACCCUGGCUGCUGGAGGUUAACCAAUCCCCGAGCCUUACGACUGACUCCAAGCUCGAUCAAGAGGUGAAGGACAGUCUUCUUUAUGAUACACUCUGCAUGAUUAACCUCGCAGCUUGUGACCGGCGGAAAGUUAUGGAGGAAGAGAGGCAGCGAACGAACGAACGGCUGCUUAACAUCAGCCGGUCGCAGGAGUACAGGCUGAUGCGCAUGGAAAUUCAACAGAGGCAGGAGCAGAACGAAAUGUUUCUCAAAGGCCGGAGGUUCCCCGAGAAGGACCAACGAGGAGAGUCCCCAUUGCAGAAGAAUCCGACCCGGUUGGUCUUGGUGAUGCCGAAGUCACCAGAAGAGCCCCAGACAUCGCCAUCCUCCAUUCCCACCAGCCAAGUGCUAGAGGUUGUCCCUAGCCCAAGCCAGGCCGCAGGCUGCGGGGAGGAGAAUGUGGGCCCCAGCUCUGAGUUGUCUCCAGGCAGAGCAGAUGCCGAGCAGGAGCGGGCUUCCGAACAGAACGCCGACAGCUCAGAACACGGCUCGCCGCUCCGGAACCGAGCCCCAGCAGAGCAGGGAGAACCCGACCAGAGGCAGCGGCAGGCGGAGGUUCCCUCGAAGAUCGCUGCUGAAGUACAAGGCGGGACUGCUGGGAGCGGAGUGGAGAACCAGCCGGAGGCAACUGUCCAAGAGCUGGAAGCUCACUCUGGGGCCCAGGCAGUCGAGGAAGAGAGUCCGAGCCACCAGACGUCUUCCGAAACCAGCUCCCAGAUUUUAUCGGGGUCUCUGGACAAGGUUAACCAAGAUCUCCAAUUCCAACCAGAGACCUGUCUCCAGCCUCAGGCUCGAGCAGAGGCCCAAGACCAGAACCUGCGAGAGGCCCAAGACCAGAGCCUGCCAGAGGCCCAAGACCAGAGCCUGCGAGAGGCCCAAGACCAGAGCCAGCCAGAGGCCCAAGACCAGAGCCUGCGAGAGGCCCAAGACCAAGGACGGUUACCGGCCCAGGGGCUGCUCCAGAAGGAGUUCCAAGACCAGCCCCUCCAGGAACUCCAUCAUCAGCCUGAGAUGGAAGAAGGGGCUUGUGACAAGGUUCAUAAAGAGGUCUGUGAAUGUGGCCAAGCAGAGGCCCAACAUCAGGAUCGCGAUGAGGAUAGCCAGUCGGAGAUCUUAGACCUUGACCAGGAGAGCAUGGUUGUCGAGGAAACGGAACUAGCAGACACAUUGCCGGCUGAAGGGAUGGAGCCGAGUGGGCCCUUGGGGGAAUUCCACCCUGAGGCCCAGAGUCGGCCCGGGAGCCAAGAUGGCCCCGAGGCCCCUGCGCUCCCCCAGCAGGAGCAAAUGGCUACAAGAGAGAUGCCAGGCACAGCUGACAACCCGCAGGCCACCUCAUGGGUCAUCAACAAGUUGUCUAAGGCCCUGAAGAGUAACCGCAACCAAGUGGGCCCUGAAGAGGACGUAAGCUAUCCCAGACGGACUGAUGCUGCCAAGUGCGUUAAUGUCGCGGAGGAAAUUUCAGAUCUACCUCGGGAUCAGCGUGAUUCCUGUUGCAGCUGCUGGGGUUACAACAGGGUCCGCUGCGUGAGCUGGUUACGGGACGGCGCCGCGGAGCCCGGCUGCAGGAACCGGCCUGAGCACCAGCAAGGUCAAGCCACCUAGAGGUCUCCCAGUGCGUCUGCCCAUCCCGAGAGGGUGACCGCGGACAGAAGCAGAGGGAAGCCGUGCGUGUCCCCUGAGCCUCCACCUUGGCUUAAGCCAUUCCACAAAACCCAGGAUAGGACGAAGGGAUCUCAACAGUAACAACAGGUAACAAAAAAGUUUUCGCACGUUCCUGAGGGUGGGGAGUUCUCCUGUCCUGUUCUACGUCAGUGCCUCGUGCACAGGCACGGAGUCCAGCUCUCACUUCACGCCCUUCAUGUGCUAAUCCAGGAACCUGUCCGUGGGGCGCAGGGCCGAGGGAGCGGGUGCUGUUCUUGGAAACACAGAACAUGGAACAGUACGGGCCCCUCUGCUCAAGAUGUUGUGCCGACCUUUCAACCCGCUUCAAGAUGGUGGACGGCACGACGCUUUACGGUACCGGCAACCCGGGUUCAGUUCCCGCUGCUUCCUUGUGGGCUUGUAUCGGGGUGCAUUACACAGCAUCUACGCAGACGUGAGUUCACAGUUUGGUCGGCCCUACUGCGGUUCCCCAAGACGGACGUGAUGCGUGUGUCUUCAAAGUACGGAGAAGGGUUUGCUGAACUCUGGGAGAAAACAGAAUUCCACAAGACAGUGGUUGCGAGUGGUGACUUACAAAUAAAAAGACAAAAUCAGCAAAAGGCGUGGAUGUGAAACAUGAUCCCAGUGGAUAUCACUGAGCGCUUCUGUAAUCACCAGCUGUCAAGAAUUAAAUUCCCAGUUUACAAGUUAAAGUCAUCAAUGGUGAUCUAACUCCUGGACUAGCUGCAGACAUCCUUCUGAGGAGAUUUUCAUCAAAGGAAUAAAUACUACAAUUGUUGUAAAUACUGACUGACCAUAGUGUGGUGAACUACAUUUACUUGUCUGGACAUGCCCCCCCCCCCCUGCUGACUGCCCCUGUGGCUCCUCCCUCUGACCAUGGCUCCUCCCACGGACCCCGGUAUAAAGGUGAUUGGAGGCACAGACCCUUCCUCAGUCUCCAGGAUGUUUGUGAUGGUCACUUGCUGCUUGUGCUUUCUUCCAGCCAAUAAAAGCCUACCUUAACCCACAUCUCAGAGUUAGUGAUGGUGCAUCACAUAGAUUAUACAUUUAUAAUGAGUGCAGUGGCAAUUUCUACUCAU